CCGCGCUCCGUCCGCCCCCUCGGUCCCCUCCCCGCGGCGGCGGGGCCCGAGCGCCCGGCCGCGGAGGCGCCGCGGCUUUUGUUGCCGGCGCGGCGGCAGCUUUUGGGAGGACUCUCGCCCUGACUUGCCGAAGGCUCCUUCUCCCGCUUGCCCCCGGUCCCUCGUCCCCCCUCGCCGACGCGGGAGGGCUUUAAUAGCAGCCCUCCGCUGUGGGGCUGCGUGAAGUUGCUGACAUGACUGCUGCUGGGUCCCGGUGCGCCGGCAGCAGCGGGGAGCCGGAUCUGGAGGGGAAUUGUGCUGCAGACAAUGCCCAGCAGCAGCAGCAGCAUCUGGAGCGGCCGUGGGGACGCGAGCUCCGGCUUUGACAUUGCUGCACGCACAGAAGCAGCCGCAAUGACAGCAGCUGCCUGGAGUGGCUGCAGGCAGCAGGCAGGAGCAUGAAGUAGAGAGAUCACUGCAGUGCUCAAGAUGAACUCCUCUUUGGUUGGCAACCAGAGUGGCCGGCCGUUCUGUCUCCUGGCCGUUAGCUAUUUGGAGACCAUCAAUUUUUGCCUCCUGGAAGUGGUUAUUAUUGUGUUCCUCAUGGUGCUGAUUAUUUCAGGAAACAUUAUAGUGAUAUUUGUCUUUCACUGUGCACCUCUACUGAACCACCACACCACCAGCUACUUCAUCCAGACUAUGGCGUAUGCUGACCUCUUGGUAGGUGUGAGCUGUCUGGUGCCUUCUCUGUCUCUGCUGCACUAUCCUAUCGUUUUGAGUGAGUCCUUGGUUUGCCAAAUCUUUGGUUAUGUGGUAUCAGUGCUCAAGAGCGUCUCCAUGGCCUCUUUGGCGUGCAUUAGUAUUGACAGAUACAUUGCCAUCACUAAACCACUGACCUACAACACCCUGGUUACCCCGUGGAGACUUCGAAUCUGCAUACUGGUAAUUUGGCUGUACUCCUGCCUGGUCUUCUUACCCUCCUUCCGCUGGGGCAAGCCUGGAUAUCACGGGGACGUGUUUCGGUGGUGCGCCGAUUCCUGGAACACCGAUGCCUAUUUUACUCUCUUCAUCGUGGUGAUGCUCUACGCCCCUGCCGCCUCCAUCGUUUGCUUCACCUACUUCAACAUCUUCCGCAUCUGCCAGCAGCACACCAAGGAGAUCAACGAGCGGCGAGUGCGCUUCAGCUCUCAGGACGGGGAGGCUGGGGAGGCGCAGCCCUGCCCCGACAAGCGCUACGCCAUGGUCCUUUUUCGCAUCACCAGCGUCUUCUACAUCCUCUGGCUGCCCUACAUAAUCUAUUUUUUGCUGGAGAGCUCCAACGUCUAUAGUAAUCGCGUCGCGUCCUUCUUGACCACUUGGCUUGCCAUUAGCAACAGUUUCUGCAACUGUGUCAUUUACAGUCUCUCCAACAGUGUCUUUCAGAAGGGGCUUAAGCGUCUCUCGGGGGCUAUUUGUGCCUCCUGUGCUAGAGCAAGGGUAGCUAAGGACUCCUCUACCUCUAGGAGCAAAAGAUCUUCCAAUGGAUGUCACGUCUAAGAAGCGUAUCGAUGUGACUGGGAAGUGCAGGGACAAUUCUGUAAAUUGCAAAAUAAGUUAAAUAUGAUUUUAAGAUGUCCAGAUUUGCAAAAAGGUUUCUGAGAAAUGCUGCUGACAUAGAAGAAUCAGGAGCACAUAUCAUUGUGAUUUCACUUUAAAAAUUUAUUGCCAUGGAGGAGGCUGUGGAGUUUCACCUCCAUAUUCAUUUUUAAGAAUAAAGCUGUAUCUUGACACUUACCUCUCCAGCUGGUGUGACUGAAUGGAGUGGGUGUCUGAGAGCUUCAGCAAAAUGUAGUCUUUCUUACAGCUUUACUAGGUUCUUUUGAGAUUCGUGCUUCACAUGUAAAUGAUAGAUCUGAAGUGGAAAUGUCACAGUAUAUGGUAUAUUACAGGGAUUUUUUUAAUACAUGCCAAAGUAUAUUGACGCAGUGUUCCAGCAUCGUAAAAGAAGGGGCCAAACAAUUUGUUUUUUAGUGCUACCUAGACAGGACUUCUAGAACAGUAGUGAAUAAUGUGAACGUUUUAACGUGGACUUCAACCCUUAAUGAGCCAUGAACGCAGUAGUGUGGUCUGACGCGCUUAGGAGGACUGGUCUGGCUUCUGUGCCCCGUCUCCCUAGGAGAAGGCUCGUGUGUGAUCGGAGUACGGCAUCUGCGUUUUCCUGCUUGCUGUGAAGUGAUACGAAAAACUUGGAUCAGACCAAAUUUAGCAGUAAAAUAAAAUGUGUUUUGAUAAGCUAAGAGAAAAUGCUUGUUGUUUUAUGAUACCAGAAUUGUGGCAGCCACUUGAGGAUGAUGCCAACAUGUGAAAAUUAUUCUCAAAACAGUGGAGAAAUGCCACAUUUUUGUGUGUGGAAAUUUUCUCAAGAACAACUUUAAAAAUAACGUCCCCUUUUUUUUAAUCUAAAUUCUUCUGAUAUUUUACAUACUAGAACUUAAGGGGAAAGGAAAGAAAACAAUUGUCUUCUAAAGAGCUAGGGGAACUAUGUUGUAAAUUUAACUGUAGUAUUUGAGUUAUGAAUAAGUGCACAGAGCUAAAUCAGAGACAUUUUUCUUUAGGCUUCAUGGGAUUAAAGAUGGUUCGAAUAUAGCAGGAGCUAAAUCCUUUUGGCAAACAUGUAUCAAACUGGUCAAACGAAGUACAGUAUCUGAGAAGCGAAGUUUCAUUGACCGCAGCUUUGUGGAGCUAGCUUAGAUGAAACGUGUGAGUGCUGUAACGCUGUUAAGAAUGCAAUAUGGCCCUCGAAGGGAUUCGUUUUCCUGAGGAAUGUCCUUGUCUUGCUAUGGACGCAUAAAGUGAGAUAUUGGAAACUAGAAGUAUUUGUGAAGCGUGUAUGCCUGUAGUAAUGGAUUACAAUCUGCAUCGCUUUUUCCAGCCCUGUCCUUGGUACAGGGAUAUUCCCACCACACACACCUCUGGUCUGAAAGCAGAUUGUAAACCAUAACUCCUUGCAGGUCACUGCCUCCGUUGUGCUUCCAGGCUGUGCAUUUGAUGGGGUCAGUUUGGGGAAUUCUCUGAGCGCUUGUAUUCGGUUGGUAUAUAUUGUUAGUCAUAGUGGCGAUGAAAAUCUGUAGGGAAAACUAAUUUAAGAAGAGCUUUUUUAGAGCUUGUGGCAAUUCUCUGGGACAAAGCGAAGACUGUAGGGUUUUUUUGUUCUUGUUUUUAGUGGUUUCAGGUCCACUGUUGUUGUAGACCAAGCUCAUCCGUUUUCUAGUGGUCUACCCUGUCCCUCCCACAAGCAUACGUAUACCCUCCUCGGUGAUUUCUUUGAGUUCUGGCAUCUGAUCUUCCACACUUUGCCUUGGAAGAUGACAGUUUGUCUCCGCGUCCCAUGUUUGCACAUGCAAAAAUCGCUCUUAGUCCUGCUUGCCUCCCAUCCGCAUUUGCUCUAUUACACUUUCCUGAGGAUGCCAUUGAGGAAACGGGGAAGAAAAGAGACAGGAGCUGGAUGAAGCACUCUUGGUGUGACUUGUACUUAUCAGGAGUAAAUGCAGAUAUACUUGUGCUCCCCUCAGGGAUCUACACAUGUACCUGUUCCUGGGGAAGACGGGGCAGAACCCUGCUACUGCUGCUAGUUUGGGUUUGAGAGCCCUGUUGCAAAGGAUGUUUAACUCGUAUCUUGGUUUGCUCUCAAAGUGUUUCAUCCAUAAUCCAAACCUGUCAAGAUAAACUUUCUCAGUUCAUCUGAAAUUUUAAGAAUUGUAUGGUUGUCGCAAUCCUGAUGCCUUCACAGCUGUUACUCGCUGUCUUUUGUGUUAAGACAAUGUCUAGAGCCAGGGCUUGCUCUGUAAUCUUUGCACAUAUGUAGUAGCAGUGAUCUCUUCUGCAGAGCUCCUGUAGCCUGAAUUAUGGUUAGAGACAAGACUUGAAUAUGACAGAGAGCCAUGGGGGAGCGGAGCGUACGGGCGUAGUGAGUCACUUAUGCACGGCGUAAUAACCUCGCGGCACAUCAGCUGGCUAAUUGUUCUCCAGUGUUUUGUAGGCAUUAUGGCAUAGGUGGGCUUUGGGGAGCAAUUUAAGGGCUUUAGUCACUAAUAUCAAGUCAUUUGUGGUAUUUUUGGAACAGCCUCUCAGGUAAACUCUCUACGGCUUUUCUCCGACUCUUCACCUUAGCUAACACUUCCAAGUCUCUGAAGCGAUACAGUCGAGCAUUAAAAUAGCAUUUGAUUAAAUUUAACAGAAGGAAGUAAAUCUGCUAGGUCCUAAAACCCGUCAUAUGGCAGUUUCAGGUUUAAGUGGAAGCUUGAGGACAAAUGUUGAUGCAUUUUUUUCAGUCGUUUAUAGCACGAAUAAAGGGUUUAAAUUGUAUGUUAGCUUUUGAGAACAUGGAAAAUUUAAAAAAAAGAUAAGCGGUCUAAAUGAAGGCAUAGAUAUUUAAUUUGAGGUGAAACAGUCGCUGCUUCAUUAAAAGUCUAGAGUUGUACUUAGUACUGUAUUUUUUUUACAGAGGCAGAUACAUGUUUGCUGCUGCUGUUGCUUUGCAGCUAAGUUUCAUUACGAUAUUCGUAACGGCUAGGCUUUUGCUUGUUCGGUUGCCAUAUCCAUCUCAAACUCUUCAUCAGCUCAGACGAUUUCCAUGGGAGGUGGAAAGCAGGAUCUGGAAUGCUCUGAGAGAUGGAGAGGAGAGGGACUGCAGCCAAUUGAUGCAUUCAAGUUUCUUCUAGCAUCAGUUUUUACGGAUGCUUUUUAAAAUUGCCUCAGUAGACUAGUGUUGAAUGUUCCUAGUUUUGUGUGUGUUAAUUUAUCUAUUUCUUAAACUUUGAAUUACAUUUUUUCCUGUCAUUUAAUUUAAUGUUAUUCUAGGUUUGUAUGUGAUAUUUUAAAUAUUUAUAAAUGCAUUUGAAUCUCUGUUGUCUGCAGUUAAAUUGCAUAGGGGUGAAUGUUGCUUACUGUGCCAGUUGUGGAGGAAAGUUGAAAUCUAUUGCCUUGUUCAGCCAGCAGUCCAUUUAACAUAUCUCGUAAUACAGUUAACAUGAGGUACACGCACAGUUUUCAUCACAAUUUGUGCUAUGAAUUGUUACACAGCAAAAUUUCCAGUUGGAUGACUUUUGUCAUUGUACAUAAACUAAUCUUUUGGUGGCCAUGUUUGCAUGUGAGCGUGCCUAGGGCUUUAGGAGUUGGUGUGAGGACCUUUGUGUAGAUGAACGCCAUGAGGAGGAGGAUACAGAAAUCAAUUGGAUCUUCACAGAAAUUGUGUGUGGCGAUACGGUUACGUGUAGUCAUUUUGAAGUUCCAUCUCAGAGUAUAAAUUUAUUUUUUAUUAGGGUUAUCUGCCUCACUUUCAGAUCGAGCUGCUAGAAGGUUCAAUUUACAGGAUGGAAUUCAGUGGCUUUUUUAAAUUUUUUUAAAUUUUUUUUUAGUACCAUGGGAAAGCAUUUUUAUAUGCACAACCUUUCAGAAUGUGAUAAUUUGCUUCAUCCCGUACUCUUGAUUUAAAAAAUAAUACUGGAAGUUUAGGCUGUGAUUAUAUUGUCUUUUUACAAAUAGGUUGGAAAAAAAUCUGUGAAAUAUUAUUUUUAUAAUCUCAAACUCAAGUGACUUUUUAACUCGAUCAUCUUUUUGUGACAAACAAAAGUUUUGCUGUUGUCUACUCAUUUUUUUAAAUUAAAUAUUACUAGUUUUUACAGUCUUUAUUUGCUGUUAGGGGUUUUGUACUUUUUUUUUGUUUGUUUUUUUAAGCUUCUUAACACUCAGAAAUUUGUUUCUGCUAGCUGGAAUUGUGACACGGCUCAGCAUCUGAGUGCCAAAGGACAGUCUCCAAUGUUUAUCGUACAUCUCCUACAAGAGGGAAAUGGUACAAAGUACUGAGGCCCAGGGAGGUUUGAGCAGCACGAGAUGACGGCAGUCUGUCUUGGAGCAGAGACUUGGACGAGAAUCUGCAACCUGUGCUCUGGCACUGCAGCUCUAAGCCGUCCUUCCCCCCGCUCUCGUGUUAAGGCUUUACCUAGAGGAAGUCGUAAAUUCUGGUUUUUCUGUUCCAAAAAAGAGACUUCCAGAGCAUACAUAUAAUUGGAGAAUGAAACAUUCAGUAUGCAAAAUCGAUAAGCAGAUUGUAGUAUAUUCCUAGUGAUGCUAGCGGCUGCUGUGCUGUUAGCGGCUGUAUUGAACCUGCCGGAGCCAGGAAGCCUGACGCAUGUCAGCCCGAUGCUGCUUCCCGUCAGAACCUGGAACUGAUGAACUUCUGCUCCUGGUUCCGGCUGGUGCUUUAAAAAAUGUGUUUUACUACUACAAAAAAGACCCAUUUAAAUUUUUUCCAGUGACUUUUUUAACGUAUUGUAGGCAAAUUUAUUUUAACAUGAGGAGGUGAGGGUUUGGGAGUUUUGGGUUUUUUUUUAGCAGAACUUUAGCUUCUUAUACUUGAAGCACCUGCUAAAAUGUUUGCCUGGCCAUAGUCUUAGUUUGUUCAGUUAGAAAACCCUUCUCCUCCCUUCUACCACUUUGCAGAGUGCAGCGACACAUCCUUUCAGUAGUGCCAUUCAGAAUAAUUUUAGCUCACUACCAAUUGUAUCUGAGGUUGAAGGAAACAGAUGCUUCUCAUUUAUGUUCUGCUGAGAUCCAAGACGUGUGAAAGCCUUCAUUGUUUUAAUGCUUACGUGGUGGAAGAGUAGCUGUCUUCCCUUAAGCAGCUUAAAGACUUUCUUCAAACCCUUCGUACCUGCAUGGGACUGUUCUGCUGGGGCUUCCAGGGAGGGAGAGGCUGGGACACAGCCGAGAAGGUGGAAUGUCUGAACUGCGUCCGUUGGUUCUCAUACGACAGCAGGGCUUGCUGCCCGUUCUCUUGCAAUCCGUUUUCCACUCUUCUCUUUCCAUUCCCUUGCUGGAGUUCAGAGAUCUAGAAGGCAUCGCUAACAUCAGGCUUUACUUGCAUUGCACGUUCUCUGUGCUGUGCAUGCUGCUGUUCUCUGUGCCUGUGGUCUCAAAGGUCAGUUGGGCAUCUCAGACCUGGCAUCGGCUUUGGGGACCCUAAUACUCCAUAACAGCACGUGAUUGAAGUGAGUCUGAGAUCAGGUUGGUUUGGGGAGUGAGUCACAGCACGUCAGACCACUGGACCAUCGUGAUGGCUUCCAACAAAGUCAAUAGCUGCCCCUUUGGGAGAAUCCCCUCUCCUGAAAACAGCCCAUUUUGCACCAGAAGGGAGAUGUUCUCUUCACUUUGAGGCCAACAUCUUAAAGCUUCUAAGGUCUUAUUUCCCUUAUUGCCUUUGCGUUGCAGAGUUACCACGUGGAAAAGUAUCGCUUUUUGCAGAUGAGCAAAUGCAGACAAUUCAGUGCUAAAAUUAUAUCUGUAAAAUACUUUUGGAAGAGAAAAUUUCUUCAGAAUUAAAAUUUAGUAUCUUUAAAAGUAGAUGCAGUGGUAUUUAUAGAAAGAAACUGAAAGCUGCGGCCAAUUAAAACAAACAAGAGAAACCUGCUAAACAGUUGUGUGUUAGUGCUGGUGUGAUAUGAAUUGCGGUUAUGUCAGAACAAUGGGGCAUUUAAUUUGGCUCAUUUCCUUUAUAAUACAAUUUCUUAAAGCUGGAGUUUAACCUUUUUACCCCCGAUGUGCUGCACCGCAGAGGAGCUCUUGGUUCCCCGCGCGCCCGGUGCAGGAUGCCUUGCAAAUCCUGAACCCUAGUUCAGCUUCUCGCUUUGCUGCAGAGCUGCUGCCCUCUCUUCCUUGCUCUCCAUCGUUAGACAUUUUGAUAUCUAGGUAGAUAUUUGAUACCAGCCGUUUGAGUCUCCCGUGCUGCUCCUCGGUCAGAUGUAAGCGUCGUGGACGAGCGUGCGGGUGGGUCUGCGAGGCGGCUGUGCUGCCUCUGGAAACGCGCAGCUCCUUGGCGGCACCUUGUGCAGUCUGACCCGAGCGGGGCCUCGUCACGAAGGUGCUGCCCCGGGGCUCGGGACAGCCCCAGGCACCUCGUGGUGUGUCACCUUGCGCGUCCUGCAAGCUCGCUGUCCUUCGGUAAAGCGGCAGGCUCCUAGUUCGCGUGGUGGUUGGAUGCCUGAGGUGUUCUAGCCGUAGGGAAAUAGUCUGGUUUAGUACAGUUGGUUUUAGCCAGCGUUUCGCUCUUUUCUGUCGCACAAGGAGGUUUCCUAGACGCGUGAGAUGCUGCUUAUGCAGGCAGCUCUGCUGAUGGUUCUCCGCUCAACGUGGACUUCUGUCGCCGCUCUGUUCUUGUUCCCCUUGCCAAGCGCGAAGCAAGCCGCGGUCUGUCCGCCCUGCUCACGUUCGGUGCUCGCCGCGCGUGGAGGCGUUUCCGCGGGCACGUGCCUUCCGCUUGCGGAUCUCACCCGUGUGAUAUUCGGUCAGGUCUCCUGAGCUCUAACCUUUAAUGGCAAUGUUAACGUGUCACGUUCUUGCAUCCUGAUCCAAGUUGUUUGGAUGCUUAUUUACAACCUCUGGUGUGCUUUAACUGCCUGUCCAGUCAAAGCUGAUUCUCUGGCUGGUGGAUUUGUGCUGACUUAGUGACAAGCAGAAGUUAAUGAAGUUGUCUUUGUUUUGGCCUGGAAACGUGAGGGCAGGUGUCAUGGUUACGGAGGUGGUCGAAGGAACCCCUGGGUCUCCCUUUGAGGAGGGAGAGCAGGAGGCCACGUCAGUCGGUGCAAGACCAUCGCCUGCAUGCAGCUUGUACGCGAGGGCUUCGUUUGCUGGGGGCCGCGUGGACGCUCGGAGGAGAGAUGUGCUGCGUGCAGCUCUCUGGAGUCCGGCUUGGAUGGACAGGAUGGUUUGGAGGUAGCGGUUGCUGCUGGGGCUGGGGAGUGCCGCACCUGAGCACCUCCUCUGCGGGACGUAGCGCGCUGGAGGCGGGUGAAAGUGCCGUUCAGCCGUCGCGGAAAGAGAAGGGAAUCCGAACUUUCCGUUCUGACUCCUUUCUUUUCAUGAAUUUGUAAGAUGAGGAUGAUAACUUUGUAAUUCAAAACCUUGGCUUCUCUCUGCUCAUUACUGGAGAUCCUGUGGUUAAAAAGUUGUGGAAAUUCAAGUAUCUCCUUGUAAAGAUGAACUCAUACCAAUCUUGCUAUGCAUAUGCAAGUCGUGUUACAAAGAUCAUACGAUACAAGCAAUCAAAUGCUUAAUAAAGCAGUCAUUACUUUUAUUGUAAUUUGUAAAAAAAUAAAAUAAAAUAAAUCUUCUGGGAUUUCAACUGAAAAUGAAUCCUUGAAAAUCAGUAUUUAGAUUAGUAAAGGAUGAAGUUUUUAAUAUGCUGGCAAGACUAUGGAGGGAUUGGUCAGGGGAAGUAAAAACAGACUUUGCACUAAAGUGGCUUAGGUAUAUUUAUAGUGCUAGUGAAUUUUUGUGUGUGUGAAAUCUUUGGACUAUUUUAAUAUAAUGUAAGGCUUUGAGCUUUAGGUAACUGAAGUUGCUGAUUUUAUGAAACUACAUUAGUGCCACACUGUGAAGUAUUUUUAAAUUUUAGCAUUACUGGGUAUUAAAAGUAUUUCAUUAAGACAUCUUUAAACACAUUUUUUUUUGUAGAUGCUGUCAAAGGAAUUGAUGUUUAGUGUACAAAGAAAUAAAGCCCUGAGGGCUGUAAGGUGCAUACACCUUUCACCUCGGUUUUUGAGAGAUUAGGUAUUUCUUGAGGAUAAGUUGUUGUCAUUAAAACCUACUAAAAAUAACAGUGCGCUUAAUCCUUCCAGAUAACAGGAAGCAGCAUUGCCCUCAGCCACACUUCUGGACUGUCUGGAGGGAUUUGCAAACACACAUAUUGUCUCUGCAGAGUUAUGUCUUUAGAAGUGCUGUAUGGCACGGUGUUUUGCAAGUUGCUAUGCUGAUGAGUUUUGCUCCAUAUGUAACCUUUGAAAUCUAGUUCCUAUUGUAAUUCUAGCAUGUAAACACUAGAUUCAAUUUUGUAUUCCUCUAAUUAAUGCAACAGGAUGGAAAUGAGUUUGCAAUUGCUAAUGAUAAGCUUUCUUACUGUUCUUAAUACUUGUGGGUAUGUCUUCAGGGAGUUCAGGACUGUAUUAGUACCGUUUCAAAAUUGUUUUUUGUGUACUGUUUACAGUUCAGCUGCAAGCAUGGGAGGCUCUGCAUGCAUGUGCUUUUAGGUUGCUUUGCUGGACAAAAUGCAGUGGAGCGGUCUUGUUUUGAAGGAUGCUCUCUUUCCCUCAUCUUCUACCCAUCUCCUUCCUCCUUCGCAGUAACUGGUGAAGCAAAAUCCGCUGGUCAGGUUAUUUCGGUGUGUUCUGGAGGCUUGACACCCGCCUGAUGGUUGCUGGGAGGAAUUUUGUUUGGGAGUCAAUCCUGUUCCUUACACAAGUAGUAUCACAACUGGUACUUUUUACCUGCGUGUCAGUGAAAAGGCCAAGGAUAGAUAAAAUCGCAUGUAAGAAUGUGUAUGUGUGUGUAAGUAUUUUGUGCACCUUUCAAUGCUGCAAAUCAUUUUGUAUGAGAAGAUAAGAGGGUUGAGCGUGAAACCCCUGCUGUUAAGAACUAUGGAAAAAAUCCACCAAAGCAGAUUAGAAAAGCAAACAGGUGAAUUUUGAGCCAAUCCGCCCUCUAAGACUCUCUAAUACUGUUUUUAGUUGUGACACAGUGCAGAGCAUUACAGUAUCAGUCUAGGCCCCGGGCGUUCUUAAUCUCCGCCUGGCUUUGGUCUGUUUUGUACCCUGCGAGGGAAGGGGGAGAUGGUGAAGAUGGGUGUUUUGAUUGGUAUUCGAGACAGCUGAGGAACUGAGUGAGUGUUGUGGCUCCAAAAAUGAGUGUCUUGUGCCAACUCAGAAUUGCUGCUCAAAUACAGGGGGAGGAGUACUUCUACCCCAUUAUCUUAAAACAUUUCUGUAGCUGAUUUUUCAACUAAGGCUGAUAAUAGGAAAAACUAUAGUCGAGCCAAAACCUACAAAUGCUACUGAUUUAAAAUAAUACUUACACAUUUUCAAAUAUUAAACGGCACGAGAAUAAACUGAAGUAUGUAAAAUAUCUGAUCCUAAAUCUUUGCAUAAUUAUUUGCAAGAGUUAAUUUUGCUAUGAGCUGCUAACACUCGAGCACAUGUAUGAUUCCCUUUGAGAUGAUCUGUCCUCUAGCUGUGUCAUACAUCUCUUGGCUUGUUUCCCUUUUGCUGUAGAGGUACAUACAUAUAUAUAUAUGUAUAUGUAUAUAUGUGUGUGUGUAUUUUAAAACAACCAAAUUAACAUGGCGGUAAUUGUACAGUCACACAGUUUACACUAGGGCUUUGUAAAAUAUGUAAUUUUAAGAAUGUCAAUGUGUUUCUUAGCGGAUUUUAUAAACACUUUGCUGAAUCUGUUAUCAGCACGUCCCAUCCUGAGAGAAACGGCACAUAUUUCAGCGAUUGUUCUACUGGUUACAUUUUUGUCUGUCAUUUGUUUUGGUUUGAUGUAAUCUUGAUACUACUAAAAUUUAAAGGGCUGUUGACAAAUUUCACAUAGCCUAGGAUUGCCUGUUCUCCGGAUAUAUGGAUCAUGCAUCACCAGUACGAAAUAGCCUUACUGUUUUGCCUAAAAGCCUAGCUAAUUUAUUUAACGUUCUCUAUCUAAAGAGAGGUCUUUGGAAGGGGUGGCAUAUUUUAAAAUGCUCCUUCUUUUUAAAGGGAUGCUCAGAAUUGAAUAGCAGUACUUGUUGAUCAGUGAUAUUAUUGUAGCCAAAGGAUGCAUGGGUGGUUUAAUAGGAAGUUUUUUCUUCUAAAUUCUUGAUGAAAUGUAGUGUUCUACAGAGCUGUGUGAAGAGUGUAGUUUUUUAUUCUGAAAUGCACUUGUACACUUUAUUUGAAAGGUCUGAAUGGAUCAUAAAUACAUUUAAGAAAUAAACGAUACGUCACAUGUUUUCA